AUGGCCGCGCCUAGCGUGCUCCAGCGAUACGCCGCUGAGCCAGCGUCGACGAGUAGCAUUGACGCGCUCCACGCGGCGCACGACGACGAGCUCUUGCACUUGAUCGCGUUGAACGUCUUUUGCCGCAAGGAAGACAACGUGCUCAUCCCGUGGACCGCCCGCAACUCGAGCGACAUGCUGCACCGCGACAGUCCGCACGCAGCGAUUCUGGCCGAAUUGCGCAAGUGCCCUGCCGUCGACAUUUACCUCAACACGGGCGUCCGAGACCACGGGUACUGCGAAGACGCGAUGGCGUACACGCUGCAUCUGCAGUCGCGCGCAAUUCCCAAAUGGGUUCUCGAGACGACGUUCACGGAUGAGGACGGCAGUGCCACCACGUACUUUGAGCUGUGUCCGCGCUCGGCCAUCCUCUUUAUGAACCACUACUGGGAAGAGGUCCACGAAAUGCCACGCUUUCCGUCCACGAAAAAGAUCGUGCUCAUGCCCAACGUCGAGAUGGGCGAGCUAAAACCAUCGCACUACCACCGCGUGGACAUUGUCUUGGCCAAGUCGCGCGAUGCGUACAACCGCAUCUGGGCGUGGUACAACCAAGACUUUAACAACCCACGCGGUGCCAAGGUGCUCUACACUCAGCACACGACGAGCGACGCGACCGUCUUGGUGCGCAACGCGAGCCAGCACGGCCAGCUCAAUGGCACCCUCGCCCCCAAAAACUUUAGUCAACUCAGCGUCGUGCACGCCAACGGCAAGAGUCCGUUCAAGAACGCGGGGCGCAUGCUCCAGUGCUGGAAAGACCACCCCGAGUUCCCGAUCUUGCACCAGUACUCGAGCGACGACUGGUCCAACGGCACGUACAACGAGCUCUGGCGCGACAAGCCGCCGGCCAACGUCGACUUUCACUUUGGCAAGUUUGGCCACUACAUCAACCAAGCGCGCGCGGCGGGCGCCCUCGUUGUGACGACGGACGCGCCUCCCAUGGACGAGUUUGUCGACGACGACUCGGGGGUGCUCAUCCACGGCAUCACGCCGUGGGCCGACAAGGCCACGAUGGGCCAGAACUUUAUGUUUGAAGUGCCGACGCGCGCCAUUUGCGAGUCGAUUCAAGACAUCCUGGCCAUGGACCCGCACGAGCGGGCGCGGCGCGCGGCCAACGGCGUGCGGCGAUAUUUCAAGCAACGACAGUAUUUCAAACAGAGUAUGCAGACGUUGCAAGCGAUGGUGUAUCAACGCUAA